GAGCUGACAUCUGCCUGACCUGCCAUGGGCCCCAACCUGCUGCUGCUGUUGCUCCUGGGACUGGCAGGCCAGGGCUCAAGUGCUGCCUUCCCCGAGGUGCUGGAGGCACCUGUCGGUGGCUCCAUCCUGGUGCAGUGCCACUACCGGCUCCAGGAUGUCAAGGCUCGGAAGGUGUGGUGCCGGUUCUCACCAGAGGGGUGCCAGCCCUUGGUGUCCUCAGCCGUGGACCGCAGAGCCCCAGGGGGAGGGCGCAUGUUUCUCACAGACCUGGGGGGCGGCCUGCUCCAGGUGGAGAUGAUCGCCCUGCAGAAGGAGGAUGCUGGCGAGUACGGCUGCGUGGUGGACGGUACCAAGGGGUCCCAGACGGUGCACAGAGUCGCUCUGGAGGUGAGGCCUCCAGGUGACCUGAAAGAGGAGGAAACCUAUAAGGCUGGGAGUCUGGCUGAUGAUGGCCCCUCAGACACUGUGGGCAGUGCCAGCCCUGUGGAACCCAGCCAGGAUGAGAAGAGCAUCCCCUUGAUCUGGGGCGCUGUGCUCCUGCUGGGCCUGCUGGUGGCAGCAGUCGUGCUGUUUGUUGUGAUGGCCAAGAGGAAAGGGAACAGGCUUGGUGUCCGUAGCCAAUCUCAGAGCAGCGGAGUUCCAGGCAUGGCCUCCUCAUCAGUAGCCCACUGUAUCAGCGACUCUGGAUUGGGACUUGAUUUGCCAUCGGACAUUCCAUAUGCUAGGCUCGACUCACCACCUUCCUUUGACAAUAUCACCUAUAGUGUACCUCUUGAUCCCUCAUCAGAGAAAACCCCACCCCCAGCCCAGUCCUCAUCGCCCCCUCUGCCUCCUAAGGUCCUGAUGUGCUCCAAGCCUGUGACAUAUGCCACAGUCAUCUUUCCUGGAAGGGACAAGGGUGGAGGAGCCUCCUGUGAGCCAGCUCAGGAUCUGCUGAAUGGUCAAAUGCCACCCAGCUAGGCUGUUCAUCAUACUGUACACUCACAAAGACCAUCCCCAAAGCUCUGUGCAUCCAGCUAGCCAGCCCAAGCCCUAGACCCUUAUGAUAUCAGAGCAGUAGGGACUUUAGGAUCUAAUCUAACAUCUUGACUUUUCUGACCUGGAAAGUGAUAUUUAAAUGUGACUGAGGUGUCUUGGGAGUC